GCAGUGUGUUUUAGAUGUGUUCAGUGGUGAUGAGUGGAAGUUAAGGACGUCUCUCUCUAAAUCAAUGUGUCACUCAAAGUGAACAUUUAACAGCAAGCAGCCGCAGGAUCAUUUGGACAGAGACUCCAGCAGGACGUGCAGACACAUGCUGGGACACAAGGAGUGAACUUAAACCGCACUUAAAGAACAAUUUACACCAGGACACAAAAUGAGACUGUCACCCAUCAUCCUAUGACAGGAGACACGCCGGGGGACGGAGAACAAGAAAGAGGGACAGAAUAAGGACAGAAAGGACAGUGGUGGAUCUGUGAUGACUUUCACUUCAGGGACGACAACAUCCAACCUGCCUGGAGAGAGAUUGAAAGGAUAAAGCAAAGAGAAAGAGAGAAAGAGCAGGGAAAAUCAGCACACUAUCCUGCACAAAGACGCAUCUCAGAGAGCCAUGACCGUCCUCACUCUGAAGCACUUUCUUCUGGCCCUGCUGACCAUCACCCUGUCCAGACCCGACUCUGCUUCGCUUGGGUUCGCCGAGGAGUUCGAAAGCCGAGACGACGUUCUCGAAAGCGAGUUCAUGUACGCCAGUCGUCCCAAGCGCUCCGCUGACCCUCCCAGCGCCUCGGACCCUGACAAAUGCUCCUACACCUUCAUCGUGCCUCAGCGCAAGACCACAGGAGCCAUCUGCGUGAACUCUAAAGAGCCGGAAGCCCUGCUGGAGAACCGCGUGAACAAGCAGGAGCUGGAGCUGCUGAACGGAGAGCUGCAUAAGCAGCGGCGGCAGAUCGAGACGCUGCAGCAGCUGGUGGAGGUGGACGGCGGCGUGGUCAACGAGGUCAAGCUGCUUCGCAAGGAGUCGCGCAACAUGAACGCCCGGGUCACGCAGCUCUACAUGCAGCUGCUGCACGAGAUCAUCCGCAAGAGAGACAACGCGCUCGAGGUUUCUCAGCUGGAGAACCGUGUGCUGAAUCACACGUCAGAGAUGCAGCAGUUAACCGCACGCUACCGGGAUCUGGAGCACAAAUACCAGCACCUUGCAUCGCUUGCCAGCAAUCAAAGUGCGCUUAUAGUGCAGCUAGAACAGCAAUGCAGGAGAGGAGGCUUUGUUGGCAUUGGUGGAGGUGGUGGUGGUGGUGGAGGUGGAGGUGGUGUUGUACGUCAAACACAACCUUACCAGCCGCCUGCAAUCCUCCCGCAGCCUCCCCAACAUCGCCAACCACCUCCACCUCCACCUCCGGUCCACCAUUCCCCCGCCAGGCCUUUCCACCCGCCGACCUACACCCGCCACAACAACCAGAUGACCAAUGAAAUCCAGAGCGACCAAAACGUCAAAGCAAUGCCACCGACUUUACCGACAGUGCCCCCUGAAACACACAGCUCCUCAACAGAUAAACCCUCAGGGCCGUUCAAAGACUGUUUGCAGGCUCUAGAGGAAGGACACGCCAACAGCGGCAUGUUUCUGGUGAAGCCGGAAAACACCAACAAACUGAUGCAGGUCUGGUGUGACCAGAGACACGACCCCGGCGGCUGGACCGUCAUACAGCGACGCAUGGACGGAUCGGUCAACUUCUUCCGAAACUGGGAGACGUAUAAGCAAGGAUUUGGGAACAUCGAUGGUGAAUACUGGCUUGGUUUGGAGAACAUCUACUGGCUGACCAAUCAGGGCAACUAUAAGCUGCUGGUGACGCUGGAGGACUGGUCAGGCAGGAAGACGUUUGCAGAAUACGCCAGUUUCCGCUUGGAGACAGAGGCAGAUUUCUACAAGCUGCGGGUGGGCCGUUACCAUGGAAACGCUGGGGAUUCGCUCACCUGGCACAACGGGAAACAGUUCACGACCCUGGACAGAGAUCACGACGCGUACACAGGAAACUGUGCCCACUAUCAGAAGGGUGGCUGGUGGUACAACGCUUGCGCCCACUCCAACCUGAACGGCGUGUGGUACCGCGGUGGCCAUUACCGCAGCCGCUACCAGGAUGGAGUUUACUGGGCCGAGUUCCGCGGAGGAUCGUAUUCCUUGAAGAAGGUCACUAUGAUGAUCCGACCGAAUCCCAACACUUUCCAUUAGAACGUCACGUGAAGGAAAACGCAAGUCUAAUGCGUCAUAACUGUAAAAAGUGCAAUGUUAAUGUUUUUUUUUUUUGUUAAUUAUUGAUUGUUUACUUUGUUACGAAUUCAUAAUAUGCAGUCACACAUAUGCAAAUCCAGAAAUAAGAAAGUGCAAUGACUUCAUGAAGGAGACACAACUCACGUCUUCUUGGGAAUCUUCCCAAUGGUGUCCAGGUGCUGUGGACACUGAAGACCAAGUGAAAAUACUAGAAAAACUUCAGUCAGACAAACCUGGCAACUCAGGUUCCACAUGAUUUGGAAACUGAACAGCAUCGUGUGCAUCCUUACAAGUGUGCUUCAGAUGGUCUGUAUGUUUAUGCGACCUGAUCUUAACAGGCAUGCGGUCAACUUGUUCUCACUGUAAGAAGUCUAACCUUGAAGAACCGUUAUUUUGAGUUUACAUUAGUGCUAUAAAACAUGACCCGUUAUGUACUAAUUGAGGCAUUUGAACAUAAAGAUUCUAAUUUGACUUGUUUCUAGCAUUGACUUCCAAUACAGGGUACGCUACAAUUGUGCCCAUGGACAUCUAAAACAGUAUUUUUGAUGAAAAAAUUUAACUUCUGUCAUAAUUUAGAGGUAAAUCUAGCCGAGUCAUUGUCUAUGCACCUAUUUACUAGAUAAAUGUAGCUUAGGAGACGUGAAUUGGUACAGUACAUUACAAUUGUGCCUUGAAGUGGACUACAGUAAAUAGAAUUUUUUCAUGAAAAAAAAGAAAAAAAAAAUUGCAUUUCUGUUGACAUUCAGAGGUAAAUCUAACCUAGUCAUUGUGUAUGUAUCUAUUUUCUCACUCAUUUGUAACUGAAAAGGCAUGAUUGGGUUCAAUGAACACAUUUAAAUCACAAAAGCAAAGCCUCUGCAAAAAUCACAAAUGCAAAGCAUGUCUGUCUUGUAUAUUAUUGUUUUAGUGCAACAUUGUGCUCUGCAUUCAUAUGUCCUUGAAUGAUUUCACUCUGGUCCUUUAGACUGAGUGUCAUUUUGAAACCAUUUGUAUAUAGAAACUGUGAGUGAGUGUUUUUGUAAUGCAAAGUAUGGUUGUGUUGUGUACUUACAGAAUUUUCCAAUAAAUUAUGUACAGCUACGACGGA